AUGACCGACACUGAGAGCGACGAUGAGCUGAUGAUUCGCCUUACAAGCAGUAUGAAAAUGAACUGCUCAGCUUAUUACGAUGAGGAUUGUGCGUAUUGUGAAAUGAGCAAUGCACUUGUGGCGUGUACAAUGUGUCACCAGGCAAUUUAUUGUAAUGAAAUCUGCAAGAGAAAACAUGCUCGUAUACAUCGUAAUCUUUGUCUUCAGAUGAGAAUUGAAAGAGAAGGAGCAAAGGAUGACGAAUCUGAUUCGGACUCAGACUCAGACUCGGAUUCAAAUGAUGAUACGCACGAGAACGACGACGAGUUAGAGAAUAAAAAUGUGGUCCACACAUUAAGCUCAAGGCAUCACGGGAGAGCUAAAGCUGGAGCUGGCGAUAUUGCGAUCCGUGGUCUUUCACCUGUUGAACUGGAGAAAUUGCUACAUUUAGCAACAAAAGCAGAUAUUGUAACUACAAAUUCAUCUCUUGACAAGUUACAGAAUCAGAUUUCUCAGCUCAUGGCGGAUAAAAAAAAUCGACUUGGAACUCGAGAACGUGGAGCAUCAGGCGCAAGUUUACAAGAGAUUAAAGCACUACAAAAGAAGCUAAAUGAGCUAGAGCAGAAGACACAGUCCGUAGCUUUUGCGUCACGGACAACUAAUUUGAUGACAAUGGCUACUGUUGUUUACACGCCAUUGUUGGUGAAGGAUGAUCGAAUGUUUAAGAAAUACUUUCACUUAAAAGGAAUGAACAUGCCAAUUGACCAGAUCAAGAUUAAAAUGAAGGCAGAAGGAGUUAAUCCGGGUCUGCUGGACACGCCUGAUGCAGUGUCUCCUAAUGAUCCUGGACCGGAGAACGGUGCGUACAUUCCAAUGACUGUAGCGAAUGAUCCAGCGUUCAAGAAAUACUUCAAGUUGAAGGACAUGGAAAUGUCCAUUGAUCAGAUUAGGAUGAAAAUGGAAAGUGAUGGUGUAGACCCUACAUUGUUGGACAAGCCUAGCAGUGUGUCGCCGAAUGAUCCUGGUCCGCCGCUGCAAAUUUCGACAGGGUAUCCAUCAAAUGGAAAAACAUUUCCAUCUUCAAUCUACGAGAAUUUUAGCUGGCCUUCAAUGCCUGCUGCUGUUGUUUCCUACGAGCCACUUUAUGUUAAAGACGACCCAAAGUACACCAAGUAUUUUAAGCUGCAGAAAAUGGGAAUGCCUGAUGAGCAGAUCAAGCUCAAGCUGAAAGCAGAGAAGGUAGAACCUGACAUGCUUGAUUAUCCAGAUGAGGUGUCACCUAGCGAUCCUGGUCCGCCCGUACACGCUCCAGUCUCCCCUACCGGACCUGUUUCAAUGGAGCAACUUUUUAGCAUUCUCAUGCAGCAACAGCAAAUGAUUCAGCAAGUGUCAAAUGGCACAGGUCUAGCAAAUGGUGUGCGUGGUCGUGGUAGCAGUGGUGAUGCAGUACUAAACGGCAUGCCACCGUGGUCAGUAGAAGAUCAAAUGGCUCAAGAGCUUGCUGCUGCAGAAAGUGCGAUUGACGACAUCUUUGGUGACGAGUCUCAGCAGUCGAAGGGCCCUGGUGGAAUGAGCAUGAUUGAGCAGCUAGAGAAGAAGGCUCGGAAGGAAAGCAACAAAAAGCUUGUGGAGAACCGGGAGAAAGUAAAUCACCUGGUGGCAGAACUAUUAACAACAAAGGUGUCAACUGAUGAGGAGGCGAUCUCGUUUUACAAAACGAUUGCCCCUAAGUUGGAGGAAUUUGGACUAGUGAUUGGAACUGACUCGGUGCAGACUUGGUCGUCACGUCUGCUCAUCAAAAACAAGGAGACACGAGAUUGGUGCUUCUCGGAACAGGAACGGCUUGACGCUGGCAAAGCGUACGGGCGACUAUGGGGCCUUUCGUUCUUGGAACGCGAUGCUGGUCAGUUGAUUACAAAGCGCGCACAAAUACUUAACGCUCCAGCAACUUUGCGCGCGAUGGCAAAGGGAAAACCGGAAUUGAUUGACAAAUUCACGCAGCUACUGAAAGAUACGGUAAAGCUGAAACAUAAAGUAUUCAAGAGUAGCUUGUACGCGACAGAGGUGCGGAGACUACAUCAGUUUGAUAUUCCAGAGCGUUUUGAAAAGCGUGGCACUGAACUUAUUGACUCCACAACGAUGUUAGCUGAUGCUUCGAUGGAUAUAGCAGAGGAAGAGUUUCGGUCUUUGGAAAAUGCAACUCGAGCCAAGAAGAUUCGAGCGUUGACUGCAAUACACGUCGCUGAAGAGAUGAUCACGUUGGUGAAGAUUGUAAUGAAGAUUGGUGCUAAGGGGGUGAAUGAGCUGCGCCUGCAUGAGGUGGAAGCAAAUUUGGCUAAGAUAAAGGAGGUAUACGUAACAGGUGAAAAGGAAGAAGAUGAGGAGGAGGACGAUGUCCUCUAA